GUAAACUCAAUAUCAUGUUUAAUAACGCCGGUAUAAUGCACCCUCAUGAUGAUAAUUGUCUUAAUACUGAUGAAAAAGUCUGGGAUCUUACUAUGAAUAUCAAUCUCAAGGGUGUUUGGUAUGGCUGCAAAUGGGCUAUUGAAGCGAUGCGAAAGAACAAAGAUGCCAAAGGCGGAAGCAUAAUUAAUACGGCCAGUUUUGUCGGAUUAAUGGGCGCCGCAACUCCUCAGAUAGCUUAUACUGCUUCUAAGGGUGCCGUUAUUGCAUUGAGUCGCGAAUUAGCUGUUACUCAUGCUCGAGAAAACAUCCGUGUUAAUUCACUAUGCCCUGGACCUUUACGCACACCAUUACUCAUGGACUUUCUUAAUACUGACGAAAAAAAAAACAGAAGACUUGUUCAUGUGCCAAUUGGAAGAUUCGGGGAACCAAUCGAACAAGCUCAGGCUGCCUUAUUCUUGGCAUCCGAUGAAUCAUCUUAUAUCACAGGAACUGAGUUAAAGGUUGAUGGAGGUCUUACUGCCGCAUAUGUGACCCCCGAAGAAUCUUGCACAA